AUAUAUAAAAAUUAUAUAUGUUUUAAUUAUGCAAUUAAGAGGAACACCACAUAUGUUUUAAACUGCGAUUCAAUGUAAAAAUUUAAAUAAGAACUACCUAAUAUAGCAUAACUAUUAUUCAUAUAAAGUUGAUAUAAGGGCAUCCCUUAUCCUGUUAUGUUAUAUCUGCUAUAAUUGCUUAUCUAUUAUAAAGAGAGAAAGAGAGAGAGCAAUAUGUCUGAGGUAGAGGUUUUGAGUAAAGCACUCCAUGCCGAUAAAGUUGAAUUGGCUGAUGUGGCCGAUGAUUUGGAAGAUGGUGAAAUAGAUGAUGAUGGAGAAGAUGAUGAUUUAAUGAUAACUGGUGUUACUAUUGCUUCACCGCCAUCCAAAAAUAAUAGUCCAAUUGUAUUAAGUCCUUUAACAGAUAAAAAAACUAAUGCACAUAAACAAAAUAAUGAAAAAAGUAAAAUAGAAACCAUUGAUCUAGUAGGCGAUACAACACCAGCAUCUUUAGCUGUUCCAGCACCAAUAAAAUUGAAAAAACCACAACCUAUAGAAGACGAUCAUGCUAGUAGUAUUGAAUAUGCUAUUGCAAAUGCAUUGAAAAAGAAAGGUAUUGAACCACCAUUACCAAAGUUACUCGAACCACGUAACGGUCUCUUAGAUGCGAAAGAUAGUGAUAUUUUGGCAGGACAUGGUCAGAGUAAAAGCAGUCGUCGUAGAAAACGAAAAAAACAACGUGACGAAAAGGAUAAAGAUAAGGAACGUAAAGAAAAGAAAAAGCAAAGGUUUGAAUCACCGCCUGAGCCCGCGCCUGAGCUUGAUGAGGAUUUCGAUGAAUACGAGAUGCUUAAUGUACGAGGUGGUAGCCCACCACCUAUUUCUCAUCCACCGUUGCUUCCUGUUAAUGUUUACAAAGAUGAACAUUAUGAAUCAGAAGAUUCUUAUACAUCAUAUGACAGUUUUGAAUCAGGUGAUAAUAGUGAUGUUGAAACUGGUAAUCGCAGACGACGGCGUGGUAAAAAGGAUUCACGUAAACGACGUGAAGAUCGAAAUAACAGACAAGAUAAACGAAAACGUCAUGAUUCACCUGAGGAUGGAAGAAGACAAGAACCACGUAAAUUAGAACUUUGCAAAUUUUAUUUGAUGGAAUGUUGUGCGAAAAAAGACAAAUGUUCCUAUAUGCAUUCGGAAUUUCCUUGUAAAUACUAUUAUUUGGGUAUGGAUUGCCCAAAUAUAGAAACUUGUAAAUUUGCACAUAGCGAACCACUUUCUGAACAGUUACGUGGUAUUCUAUUAAAACAUAUCGAGACAGCGCCAAAAGAAAUUUUAGGCAAAUUUAAGAGACUUACUCGUGAAAAUGCUGUGGUUCAAAUGAAUAAACGUCAUGAGGAGUUAUGUAAACAAUAUAAUGUUGAAAAUACUUGGUCCAUUACAACACAGCACAUAAACUAUAAUCGCAAAACUGAGCAACAAAAGCAGCAACCCACACUUAAGGCCACACCAAAUAUACCUUCAUUAUUAGAUAUGGUUAUAAUAAAGCCUGAUAUAGAAGACAUGGAUCUGGGAAAUGGUUCUAAUAGUUUAAAUCCAGCACAAACAAAAGGUGAUAAACGUAAAACACGUUGGCUAGAAACAAACUCUAGUAGUAAUAAUCAACGUAGUAAUUUAGUGAAUUCGGAAUCAAUAGCCAAUAAUGGACCUAGUUAUUUGGAUAUUAAAAAUCUUAAAAAUGUUUUAAGUGAUGAGCACAUAUCUAAAUUAUCACAAUUUAAUAUUACAAACCUAGAGCAAAUUAAUCAAUUAACUGUAGGCCAACUGAAUCAGAUUGGAUUGACUGCCGCUGAGAUUAGUGAUAUACAGGUUAAUGCUCUUAAAAUGGCUAAAUCUGAUUCCAAACCAACAGAGGAAUCUAAAACUGAGCAAAAGAACAGCACUGAUGAUAAUUCCACAAAACAAGAUGUUGAUAUGCGUUUUCUUCCUAGUACUGUAUCACUCGGAAAUGAGGUGCAAAAUAAAGAUGAGAUUCUUAAAGAAGAUUCAGCUUCAAACUCAAAUAGCAGUAACAUUGUGGUAGUUGACUACUCACAGUAUUUGAAAGAUUCAAAUUUGGGAUUUGACCGAAGUGGUUCAUGCGAUGACGAACGAGAUGAUGAACAGUUGAUAAUCGAUGACAUCAAUUUAGAGCAUGAUGAUGGUGAAGAGAAGAAAACUUUUAAAAUGGAUGAAACGAAACAAAAAUUACCUAAACUUACUAAUAUUGAAAAAUCAUUAAAGAAUCCUUUUAGUAGUAUUUACAAACCUAUUUCUGAAGCUAUGAAGGAUCCACGUUCCAAAAUAAAUACUGACUCGGUACAGUAUAAUAAAUUUGAAAAUACUCCGUCACCUAGACAUGAUAGUGAUGAUGAGAUUUUGUUUGCAUCACUAAGUAGACGUUCUCGUUCAAAUACUCCAAGAUCCGGUACAGCUACUCCUGAAGCAUCACAGUCACCAAAAUUAGAUGAAGAUAAUGGUCUUCCAAAAUAUGAACGUGCCACAAUAUAUGAUCUUAGUCCUGAAGAAGCUGCAAGAGAAGAGGAAUCGGCAUUAAACAUGAAAUCUGAUAAAGAUAUGCGUUUUAUACAAAACAGUAGUGGCCUAGUUGAUAUUGAUUUUAGGUUACCAUUCCAACCGGUAGCUAAUUUUACACCAGCAACAGAAAUCGAUGCUUCAUAUUCAUCGCAUUUACCUAUAUUGUAUAAAAUUAUAAAAAUUGACUUAUCUCGACCAAAUUACACUGAGUUGCGAAAGAGUUCUAAGUCGGAUCAGACAAAUGAUCCACGAUUGCGGCGUAUACUGGGUUUGCCAGAACUCUCAGGAACAAAAAGAACAGAAACUCUUAUACGUAAAUCUGUUAAAGUUAGCAAUACUAUAGCAUCACCAGAAUCUUCAGACGGUGCAUCGCCCAAAUAUUAUAUACCUCCAAAAACUAGUAGCAAGCAUCAAAGUCAUGAAUCAACUUCAUACACUAGUAAGCGAAUAGAUCCUAGGCGAAUGGCAGCAGAAACCGUGACUAAUAAAAAUAGAGCUUCCACGCCACCAAUUGCAACUAACAAUUCUCCAAGCCAAUCCAACACUACGAACUCCGCUAUACAACUACAAAAUUUUAACAUAGAACUACGGAAUUUAGCGCAUAAGUCUGAUUGGUAUAGAAGUUUAAAUUCGAAAUUUAAGAUUAUGGCUAACCAACAACUGGCAUUAGUUGCUACGGAACUAAAAAAAUUCCACCAAGAUGAGAAUCCAAAUAAAAUUUUUGAUAUUACUUUUAUACUCAAUAGUUCAACUCUUCAAGAAAUCCUUACAAAUAUUGGAAUUUAUAUCGAUGAUAAUGGAGAGAUACUGUCUGAUGCUGACAACGACAAUGAAAUUCAAAGUAAUGUAGAGGGUGGAAGUAGCACUACAAUAUUGCCCAAUUUCUCACAACCACCACCAACGCAGCAACAAAUGGACUUUCUCAAUUCACCGCCACCAAAUAUGUUGGGACCGCACAUGAGUGAUAAUAAUCCAAUGGCACAACAAAUAUUUAGACCUGGUAUACCUGUACCACCUCCAAUGAAUAUGCCACCUUUUGGACCCAAUGGCCGUCCAAGUCUUUUAGGUAUGCCGCCAGGUGGUACGAAUAAUCCAUUUCAUCAAUUUCCGGGUAUAGUUCCUGAUUUGGGUAUAAAUCCCAAUUUUAGCGGGGGUCCAGGUUUACUUGGUCCAUUACCGGUAGGGAAUUUUAAUAAUUUUGGUCCCGGGGGUUUAUUAAAUAAUAUGCACCAACAACGUAAUUUUAAUGGCAAUGCUGGUAAUCGUAACAAUCGUAAUCGUCGAAAAAUUUAGAUAUAACUUGCAACCGUUUUAGACUUUAAAUUGAUAUAUAUAUAAGAUCGUUGUCUUUCAGAUGAUUAACAUGAGCGUUAAGUUUUUAGUUGUAAGACCGUAGUUUUAAUUAUAAGUAUUUUAGAUAUGUUUUUUAUUAUUAAUAUUACUUUCAUAUGUAAAUAUCAUAAUCACCACACUUCACUCAUGAGAAAGCAUUUUUAGCCGUGAGAAGUAUUUGAAAAAUAUACUUCCUCCCCUUUUUUUUAAUAAGAAUAUUUGUAUAGUUUAUGUAGAUUUAA